UCUCAAUUAAGUCAUGUUAAAUACUUCAAAACAAAUACAAUUUAUUAGUUCUAUACAAUACUAAGUGAAAUUCGUUAAAAAAAUCAAAAUCUUUUAAAAGUUGCGAAUUCUUAAUUGGCAGUUGUUUCUUUGAAGACAGAAGUAGCUUAUGGCGAGGGUAGCUUAUACCUGGCGUCAGCCACCAUAUCCGGGCGAUCAAAGCGAUGUCCAAUGGGUAGAUCCGAGCAUGAUCAUUUUGUGUCAAAAUGGAAACACCGAUGUAGCAAUUGGUCCGCUUUUGCAAACGCUAUAUGAGCCUAUUGGCAGGGGGUUGAUUGGGGCUGUAUUUGUACACGAGACGAUGCGAGAGCAGCUGAUCGAGAAGGUGCGCAAUAGGAUGACUGUGAUGCAUCGUCAGGUCAAGGCCCACACUCUCUAUGCCAAGGCGCUGCGUCGUGCUGAGUGCCUGGGGGCCGAGCUGAUUACCAUACUGAAGCCAGAUGACAUUGGGUUUAAAUACAGCAUGGUCGAGGGCUCACCGAUUAUCGUAUGCGAUUUCAACCAAAGCUACUUUAGCGCCAAUCAUCCCAGCACUGUGGUAACCCUGCACACAUUCCGCCACACCCAGGAACUGGGCGAAUUGGCUGCCAAGGAAAAUCUGCCGUUUGCCAGCGCUGCAAUCUGGUGCCCCAAAAUGGCAACUGCCUACGAGAUGGCUCUCAUACUUCCCGUGCCAACUGUGUACAUCAACUGCGCAGGUGUUAGCCUGUUGCCCAUUGCCGAGAAGCAUAAGAAUCUGGAGCCCUUUUCACUGCUUGUUGGCGAUCAUCACUACGAGAUGUUGAUUCAACAAAAAUUAGGCAAGAUCAUAGUCUUUCCGGCCCCAAUUCAAUUGUUCACUAAGUCCGCAACUAAGGCGUAGCGGUUCAAUCAAUCAAUUAUCUUAGUGAUUUGUUCUCUAUGAUAUAUGUAUCCUUCAUUUCCUUAAUUAUAUGAUUAA